AUACGACCUCAGCCGCAUGAUCGACGCGCCCCUGCGGCACACCACCCGCUCGCUCGUGCGGCUCAUCAAAUCCAUCGCCACCGACACCACCUUCGCUGCACCUUCGGCUCUCCGCGCGGCACAACAGCUCCACUCGCACGUCCGCAAGGUCGGACUCCUCUCCAAUGAAUUCAUCUCCAGCGCUCUUAUAUCCGUCUGCUCUGCCAUCGGCUUCGUCGACAUCGCGCGUCAGCUGUUCGAUGAAAUACCUGAUGCAGGCCUCGUCGCUCGGACGGCCAUGGUCCGGGCCUACGUCACUGUCGACCAGCCUGCCGAAGCGUUGCAGCUAUUCCGAGCUACGGUCUUGUCCGGCCUGUCCCCAGAUCCUAUUGCUCUGGCGACCGCGAUAUCCGCAUGCUGCCAAUUGGGCAGCUUGUCUAUGGUAAAGAUGAUUCACGGAUAUAUUAUCGGUAGUGGGAUUGUGAUCGAUCCGUUUGUCAGCACUCAGUUGAUUAAGGCUUAUGGCAACCAUGGUAAGUUAGAUAUCUGUCGGCAUCUGUUUGAUGAAAUGCCUGUUAAAACUCUCGUCACUUGGAAUACCAUCAUACAUCAGUGUUUGAAGCAUGGAGCGAUUGAACUGGCACGUGGAAUAUUUGCCGAGAUGCCCGAGAGGGAUGUGGUUUCAUGGAACACGUUGAUGUCAGGGUGUUCUCAAGUGGGUAGGUGCAGAGAGGCGUUUGCAUUGUUCCAUGAGAUGGAACUUUCUAGCGAGAAGCCUAACAAGCUCACCCUGUACAUUGUUCUGUCCGCCUGUGCUAGCAUGGGUGCCCUGGACACUGGUAUGUGGCUCCAUGCCUAUUUAGGAAGAAGUGGUUUGAACUCUGAUGGAUCUUUGGAUCACUGCCUAAUUGAUAUGUAUGCCAAGUGCGGGAGCAUCGAAAAGGCUCUUCAAGUCUUUGAAGGUGCCCGAGUUAGAAGCUUGUAUUCAUGGACUUCGAUAAUCUGUGGGCUUGCUAUGCAUGGGCAAGCUGACCAUGCCCUCCAUUUGUUUUUCCAGAUGCUAGAAGUAGGAAUUCAACCAGAUGAUGUGACUUUGGUUGGUGUUCUAAACGCAUGUGCUCAUGGAGGACUAGUAGAUCAAGGAUAUAGAUUCUUUUCUUUUAUGGAGGAAAUGUAUGGCCUAGAACCUAAGAUUGAGCACUAUGGUUGUAUGAUCGAUCUUUUAGGUCGUGUAGGCAGAUUAAAAGAAGCAUACAAUAUGAUAUCGAGGAUGCCUAUGAGACCCAAUGCAGUUUUGUGGGGGACUAUGCUAAGUGCUUGCAAGGUUCACAAAAAUGUGGAGCUAGGUAAAGUUGUAGCAAUGGAAUUGAUUGAGUUGGACCCAUCUGAUCCAUGGCCCCGAUUGAUGCUCUCAAAAAUAUAUGCAGAAGUUAGUGAUUGGGGUAGCUUUAUGAAACUGAGGAAGGAGAUGAAUGCUGUGGGGUUGAGGAAAACACCAGGUUGUAGUUCUAUUGAGGUGAAUGGGGAAGUUCAUGAAUUUCUUGCAGGGGAUAGUUUGCAUUCACAAAUCGAAGAGAUUAUUGUAUUAUUGGAAAACAUCGAAGCUCAAAUGCAGGUUACUUGAUGCUCGAUUAUAUAAAUUACAUAGAUUUCUCCCUAACCGACGGACAUAGAUUGUUUUGUUCAAUAGAAAUUUUAUGGAAGAGCUUCUUAUUAACUGGAAGUUUAAGUAGCUCCCCUGUUGUGUUUUCAUGACAGCACAAGCAGCUUUACAAUGAAACAGUGACCUAGUUCAGAGUAAGUGGAGAGAAAUACCUUGAGAAACAGCUGUUGGAGCUGGCUAUCUUCAAGGGAGCAUGCUUAUCAAGUUUCUAUAAUCUGAAAUUUGAAAGAGUACUAUUAAGAAUAGAGAGAGCAUUUUAAAUAUUGGAAUAUAAAUAUCCAACAAACCAAGAAAUAAGUUCCACCUGAAAGGUAAUGGAUCACUAAAUUCCAGUUGACACCACCCAGGAAGACGGAAAGAAUCACAGCACACUGUUUUGUUGAGUAUUUGAGUUCCUUUUUUGAACCAUCUAAAUUAAUUAUCUCCUUGACAACCUUGUAAUUGAGGUAUACAAUCUUGCCUAAUGUGAACAGAUUAGUUUAUGUCUGCUUUUGUUGUUCAAAAUAUUCAGUUAUUGUUUUUAGAUA